AUGGGCGAAUCUAGGCAAGAGCUUGUUCAGUGGCUGAACAGCCUUCUGCAGCUCAACAUCACCAAGGUCGAGCAAUGCGGUACUGGCGCCGCCCUCUGCCAAGUCUUCGACAGCAUCUUCCUCGAUAUCCCCAUGUCUCGUGUCAAGUUCAACGUCAAUUCUGAAUAUGCGUACAUUCAGAAUUUCAAGAUUCUGCAGAACUGCUUCCACAAGCACCAGAUUGAUAAGCCCAUUCCCGUCGAGAGUCUGGCCAAGUGCAAAAUGCAGGACAACCUCGAAUUCCUGCAGUGGACCAAGAAGUUCUGGGACCUCAACUUCCCCGACCACGAGUAUGACGCCGUGGCGCGGCGCAAGGGCGGCACCCUCGCCGCCGGCGGUGCCGCGCCCCGCGCUGCCGUCGGUGCCGGCGCCGCCAGACGCGGCGGCACGACGCCCACGACGGGCGGACCGCGCACGGCCAAGGCGGCCGUGGGCCCCGGCACGGCGGCGCUGCAGAACGAAAACACGACGCUGAAGGAGACGGUCGUCGGCCUCGAGCGGGAGAGGGACUUUUACUUCAGCAAGCUGCGUGACAUAGAGCUCCUCGUGCAGCAGGCCGUGGACGAGGACCCCCAGCUCGAGAAGCAGGAGGACGGGCUCGUCAAGCAGAUCCAGGCCAUCCUCUACUCGACCGAGGAGGGCUUCGAGAUCCCUGCCGAGGAUCAGGUGGACGACCAGGAGACGUUCUAA